AUGAGCGAUCGUAGUGUUGAACGCUUAUUAAGGAAAUAUCUUGAUAAAAGAGACGAUAAGUUGGUAGAAAUUGUUGAAAGAUGUUUGCGGAAAGGAUAUGACUAUGAAAAAAUGAAAGACCGCGUGUCAGAUCAUCUGCGGGAUUCUUCUGUCAGGAAGCGUUUGGUUGAAGCGUUAUCUGAUUCUUUUCCCCAAUUCGCCAGGAAACGGAAACAGCGAUUUGAAGAAACCAAAGAAAGAAAUGGUGUUAGCGAAACAAGUGAGAAAAGACCUCGAUUUGAAGAAGAUAAAAAGCCAAAAUUUUCCGAAGAAAAAAAGCCAAAAGUGGAGUCAUUCUCUGCUGCACCUGUAGCUGCAGCUCCAAUUUUGCCCAUUAAGGUUGAACCUAAACAACCGAAGCAAGUGACAGAAGAAGAAUUACGCAGCAAGGAGCUGAUGUACCAAGCGCAGAUGGCUAUUGAGGAGAGGAAGCGGCAGUUAAAUUUGACUGCGAGGCCGGGUAUUAUAGCCCAAGCUGUAAUAUCAAAAGUUUCAAAACUGAAUACGCAAGAAGCCAGUCUGUUUAUGAACUAUUCUAUGGAAAAGAUUAACCGUGUUAAAGAAUUGAAAGAAAAAGUUGCUGCUCGUUCAUCCCUUCUUUCUUCAGCAGUCAAAAAAGAGCCAUUGACUGGUGCUGAUAAAAAACCGAAAUCUGAGCCUGAGGCCGAACAGAAAGUUAUAGAAUACUUAGAUCCUCGUAUAAACUUGAAAUCGGCUCAGAGGAAACCACGUGCCUUUGUGUUUCACAACAAAGGUGAGUAUGAAACCUUGGCACUUCGUGAAAGAGCUAAGGCGAAAUUGGCAAUGCUGCAGUCAGAAAUAACGCAAAUUGCAAAGAAAACCGGAAUGUCUUCUUCUGUAAAACUAGCUAUGUUAACUCCAUCUUCUACCUCAACGGCUCAAGACGUCCCAGAAAUAGAAUGGUGGGACGAGGUAGUUUUAGGUGGCAAUAGUUACGAUUUGAUACCUGGUUCAGAUGUAGAAUCAGAUGAGAAAUUUCGUAAGACCAUUACUUGUUUGGUGGAGCAUCCAAUACAAUUAAAGCCACCGGAUGAGCCCCUCCAUCCGCAAUAUUUAAAGGUUUAUUUGACUGGCAAAGAAAGACGAAAGAUAAGACGACAAAAUAGAAGAGAAGCUUUAAAGGAACAGACUGAAAAAAUUAGGCUUGGCUUAGUUAAAGCACCUGAACCGAAAGUGAAACUCUCAAAUCUAAUGCGUGUUCUUGGUUCUGACGCAGUGCAAGAUCCGACAAAAAUGGAAGCUCAUGUACGGAAGCAAAUGGCCGAUCGGCAGAGAAAGCAUGAAGCGGCAAAUGCUAGCAGAAAGCUUACUAAAGAGCAGAAAUCUGAAAAAAAGAUUAAGAAAAUCAAAGAAGAUACUUCUCUUGUGGUUCACGUGGCGGUUUACAAAGUUAAAUCACUCGCUCAUCCUGCCAAGAAAUUCAAAGUUGAAAUGAAUGCCCGUCAGUUACAUAUGACUGGUCUCAUCCUGUUGCACAGUAACAUUAAUUUGGUCAUUGUCGAAGGAGGUCCUAAACAACAAAGGAAUUUUAAGAACUUGAUGUUAAACAGGAUAAAGUGGAAUGAGGAGAUAAUUGGAGAGAAGAAAGAUAAUGUGGAUAAGGAUGCUCAGGGAGAACGAAACCAAUGUACACUGAUUUGUGAGACUAAUGGAAGUUCCCUUCAGAUUUGGGAAGGAUUGGCGAAGAGACGUAAUUUUGGAGAGGUGAAGUGCAUGAGUGCAACUUUAGAAAAGCAGGCCAGGGAGCUACUUGAGAAACAUGAUGCUGCGCAUUACUGGGAUCUCGCUUACAGUACAACUGUACUCGGAGAAGAACAAACUUGA